AUGCAGCCCCGACGGAUGCUGAAAAUGCCCCUCAAGCGCCGGCAAGUCAACCCAGCCGCCUUCUCUGGCGUCACCGAUCAGAUCUCCAACAUUGGCACCUCUGCGGGUAAUAAGGCGGCGCACGCCACGUCCGGGUUGUCUCGCACGCAGACGUUCGUGGUGGCCAUCAUGUGCAUCGUCGGCUUUGCCUUGGCGGUCGCUGCGCUCUUUUGGCUGUGCUCGCUGUCGAGACGCAGAAAGCGCGUGAGGGAGAUGCAGGAGAAGUCGCAGCGCCUGAAGGAGAUGUCCUCCUCGUCGACUGAGGCUGCCGUUGUGGCUGGAGGUGGGAGUGUGCCGAAGCGGGCAUCGCGUCAGUUGGGCGCAUACAACAACGAUGGGUGGGGCGAGAGCAGGAUCGCGCUCAACUCGAGUUUUGUUUCGUCUAACAACGAGCGAUAUGCAUGGGACAAGGAUGAGCCACAGCGAGGGCAAGUUGAUACCCCGGUGGACAGUGCCACCCACGAGUCGCAUAGCGUUUUUCGCUUGCGAAGUGCGAUCAUAGCGGUGUGA